AUGGAUUUUUUAAGAAUGGAAUCUCGUCACAAUUUGCCAGUCGGCAAACGAGCAGACGGAUUACCUGAUGGUAAGCAAUCAGCGCCGCCCAUGGACACUCGCAACGGAGGAGUUACGAGCAGUUUUCUUCUUCAUAGUCAAGAUAUCAUUGCGGCUACUAUCACAGAAGAUCGGGCAGAAGCGCUUAGGAAUUUUGAAGGUGGUGUCUUGAAAGGAGACAGCUGUAAUGGCAAGGUGAACUGUCUGGAGAGAUCUGAGGAUGUUAAGUGUGGGUUCAAAUCAUUCAGAUGUCGAGAUGGAAGCUGUGUUAGCGACCAGGCCAAAUGUGAUCGGGUGCUACACUGUGCAAACGCUUCAGACGAAUCGGAAAACAUGUGCAACGGAAAACUGACCUUUCGAAAUACGUCAACUGAUGCUGAUGUUGAAGCCGUGGUGUUUAGGAGAAAGCGGUAA